AUGGAGACCUACAGCAAUCCGGACGAGAUACCGCCCAGCUUCUGCGUUGGGCAGCAUGAAAGCAAACGGGCCCUACCCAUCAACUCUCAGACCGUGCGGUCAGCGCACGAAAGCAAUUAUGACCUGCUCACUACCCCCAUUACGACCUCCCAUUUUCAAUCCAGGGUUCUUGGCCUGCUCUCCGCCCACCUGCCCAAAAUGCAGUCGCCGUCCCCGGACGCCAAUGGGACCAUGGAAACCACCGAGAACACAAGGCCUUUGGACAUUCCGCCGCUCGCACCCUCCGAUACCCAUCUCACCCCGAACGAUGCGAUGUCUCAGUUGGUGGGCGUCACCAGUUCCUGGAUUGACAUGUGUUCUCCGGAUCCGUUGAUUGCCGACAUCUCUCGCCAAGUGUUCAUGCUCGAGGUGGCCUAUGCAGCCUUCUGCGGAAUUGGAUAUAUUCUGGUCCCUGGCCCGAAACUGCACCACCGGGACAUGCAUUCGGAGGGUGUGAUGUACUACGCGAGAGCGAUUCAGGACGCUAUCACAAUGGGCCCUUACAUUCAAUUCCACAUCUGGGUGAAGUCUGUGGACAAUCCGGAACUCGAAGUAGACGAAAUGGGCGAUUUGGCUCCCCUUGCCCGUGAAGAAUUUCUAGAAGACUUGGACGACGGGUCGUCCCCGCCGCUUGAUCCGUUUGGAACCUGGGAUGCGUGGGACACUAUCCGCAGAGCUUGUAAAUAUCAUACGCGGCUUUUUGUAGCACUUGCAUUGCCGAAACAGCUUCCACCGAUGUCUGUGCAGUCUCGGUGGCAUUCAGAACCAGUUCAUAUGCUGACUUUCGACGCCAAUUCGUUCAUCAAGAACCAAAAGGGCUUUCCCGUGCUGUCCAAACCGCAUCAAUCGAUGAUAUCCCGGUUCAUGCGUCUUCGGACUGCUCCAUGGAUUCUCCUGUGUGAUGUUGGUCCAAUUCCUGGUGUGGAGGCAAACGAAUCAUCCACAGGCGGCCGUCAGGGCGCGGACUAUCCCAGUCUCACACAGGCAGCGGUCUCAAACAAAAAGAACCACGACCCAACUCCCCAUCUGUCGUAUAUCAGGAAUCUUCAACAGCGUCAACCUUCCAGAACCGCCAUGGAGAGGUUUGGCGUAGGAUACCAGGAUUAUUUGCAAGCUCCCCUCCAGCCAUUGACCGUGAACUUGGAAAGUAUAACUUAUGAGGUCUUCGAAAAGGAUCCCAUCAAGUACGAAUGGUAUGAACGGGCCAUUGCCAAGGCUUUGAAAGAUUGGAAAGAGCAACAAAAAACCACAUCGCACCCAGAUGGACGGGUGCUCGUUGCCGUGGUGGGUGCUGGCCGAGGGCCGCUGGUCUCCCGGGCGCUCAAGGCGAGUGCCGAGACAGGCAUUGAGAUCGACCUGUGGGCUGUCGAGAAGAACCCCAACGCUUUUGUCCUGCUCCAGCGGCACAAUCAAACGCUGUGGGGUGGGAAGGUCACCCUGGUUCAGUCGGACAUGCGGGGCUGGAAAGGACCGAAGGUAGAGGUGAAGACACCGGCCGAUACUCCGUCCAUACCUGUUGGAAAGUCCCUCGGGAUCGAGAAUUCCCUCCUUUACGAACCGGUUUCCGGUCAGAACAGCCCAGAUCCAAGCACCAGCCAGGGCCCUCGCGAUCUGACAUCUACGACCGUCGACAUUGUGGUCUCAGAGCUCUUGGGCUCCUUCGGUGACAAUGAGCUGUCACCGGAAUGCUUAGAUGGUAUCACUCAUCUCCUGAAUCCUACGCAUGGCAUUUCGAUCCCGGCUUCGUACACUGCCCAUCUCACGCCGAUCUCAGCACCCAAGCUGCACUCCGACAUCAUGAACCAGACGAUAUCCAACCCCGCAGCCCCGGAGACACCAUAUGUGGUCAUGCUACACGCCAUCGACUACCUGUCUACCAACCAACCCUCAGCAGCUACCACCAUGAGCAUCCACAGCGGUAGCACCAAUAACAACGGCCGGACCUCGAUAUCCACCCUACCGGGGACUGAGACCCCAAUUCCCGAUGUGCAGACCGCAUGGUCCUUCUCCCACCCCAACAGGCAUAUCCCCCCGCAGGCACCUGGUUCCUCGACGAUCUCCAAUGCCCACAAUGUCCGCCGGACCCGCUUGACUUUCCCGGUCCAGAAUCGGGGCGUUUGUCACGGUCUGGGCGGAUAUUUCGAGACGGUCCUCUACCGGGACAUUGAGUUGUCGACGAACCCUGUCACCAUGGACAGCAAGAGCGCCAACAUGAUCAGUUGGUUCCCGAUCUAUUUCCCACUCAAGACGCCGCUGAAUGUCCCCGACAAUGGGGAGAUCGUCGUGACCAUGUAUCGCCAGACGGAUGGUCGGAAGGUUUGGUACGAGUGGAUGGCCGAAGUGUUCGCGCUUGAGCGUUUCACAGGGCCCUCUGGGGAGUCCGUUGCCCCAGUCAUGAGCGGAGCCCGGGCAGUAUCUCCGGGAGACAAGGGUGCUCAGAGCGCUAAACCACCACAGCCCAGGGGGGGUCACGACCGCAUCCGUCGAGUGAGGGUCGGCAUGACCGAUCUUCAUUCGAGCAUCAAGGAGGGGUGCUUGAUGUAGUGCCUUAGGGUAGGCCGAGUCAUUGGCUCUUAUGCAGCGGGUGGGUUAUCUUGUCUGCGGACGGUAUCAACAAUAAAGAUAUCAGGCAGUAAAAAGAACGAACGGAAGGAAGGAAGGAAAAGGAUAGGGAAGAAAUUACAGAAAUGCAGGGUGAUACAAAAGCCAUAUGGAAAGAGAAAUCUAUACCUAUGAUAGGAGCAACAAGAUAGCAACGAAUAUCAGGAUCUUCCCGGUGUGUCUCAGGUACACCGGACGCCCGGUUGGAUCUCACUAAG